UCGCCGGAAUGGAGUACGACGGCUUGAGCGACGUGCUCGAGCUGAGCGCCCUGCCAGACCCUGCCGAGAAGUUCAUGCUGGAGGGUCUGCUAGCUGAGGGCGCCUAUGGGGCGGUCUACGAGGCCACGGACCGCUGGAAGUGUGGUGUAGGAGAGCUGAGCAGACGUUGCCAGCGUCGCUGCCAGAAGCUGCCAGAAGACGUGAUAGCCUACGUCCUGGCCGCCGCUGUCAAGGGCCUGUGCUACAUGUACAGCAAGCACAGCGUUCACCGGGACGUUAAGUGUGAUAAUCUCCUCAUCACCGAGACCGGGGUCAUAAAAAUCUGUGAUUUCGGCCAGGUGGGUUACCUAGACAGCACCCUCUCCCGCCGCAGCACUUGCGUGGGCUCUGUGUGCUGGGUGGCGCCUGAGGUCAUCGCCUGCAGGAGCGACAAGCCCUACGACUACGACCUCCGCUGUGAUGUCUGGAGUCUUGGCAUCACGGCACUGGAGAUGUGCGAGGGCACGCCGCCCCUCGCGUCCCUGCCCUCUGUACGCGCCCUCUUCCACAUCGCCCACAACCCUCCUCCCUCACACCGGCGACCUCUCGACUGGUCCUCGAAUUUUAGGGACUUUGUGGCCGAAUGUCUGGUGAAAAACCCCGACCACCGUCCCCACAUGGAGGAGUUACUGGAGCACCCCUUCCUGUCCCCAGCUGUUGGGGAAGAUGACACUCCUAUGAAGUCGCGGCUCGUGGAGAUCUGCGUGCUGGGGGCGAGUGGCCCCGACAGAGCCACGCCCUGUGGUCCCACGCACGCACCUCAGGCCAUCACACGUCGGGGCUUCAUCAAGCGAGAGCGCGACGGCCGCAGCGAACAGCUCAUCGUCGAGGAUCUCGCGGCGCUCGACGAGUACAACGAGCGCAUUGUGGUAGAGGCGCUGGAGGAGCGGUGGCAGAGAGGACAGCUGUACACGUGGCUCGCCGACGUCCUGAUCGCCGUUAACACCAACGCCGUCAAACACGCCUACGAUGAACCGACUCACAAGCAGUUCCUGCGUCGCGCUCGCUGCGACAACGCGCCGCACAUCUUCGCCGUGGCUGACAAAGCUCAUCAGGACCUCAUGCACCACAGGCAAAAUCAAACCAUUCUUCUGACGGGAGAGUCUGGCGCCGGCAAGUCCUUCUCGUUCCUGAAAGUCAUCGAGCAUCUGUGCUACAUCGGGGCGCAACAUCAAGAAACGCUCGCUAAGAAGAUUUAUGGCGUAGUGACUAUUCUGGACGCCAUGGGCAACGCCACAACUGAGCUCAACGCCAGCGCCACGCGCCACACGCGCCACUUUGACUUGCUCUUCAGCAGCUCCGGCAAGCUCUGUGGCUUACAUGUGGCACUCAGCUGCCUGGACAAACUGCGCCUCACUAAUGUGCCCAGCGGAGGCGGCAACUUGCACCUGCUGUACUACCUGUACGACGGCCUGGCGCUCAGCUCCCGUCUGCCGCAGUUCGGGCUGAGCGUAGGGCGGCGCUACGCCCUCCUGCCCACGCAUCACUGCGACAACGAAGUCCAGAACGCCCACAAACUCGCCCAGAUGGAGGAAGCCCUGCUUCUCAUCGGUUUCUCUAAGGAUGAAAUUACGACCGCUUACCACAUCCUGGCCGCCAUCCUGCACCUCGGCAACGUCCGCUUCGGAGACUCACAAGUGGCCACGGUGGAGGACCAAGCCCCGGUUGUAGAAGCUGCUCGCCAGCUCGGGGUGGACCACCGUAAGCUGUCAUGGGCGCUGUGCCAGAGCUGUCGGGUCUCUCCUACUGGCGAUGUCAGCCCCAGUGCGCAUUCAGGCGCGCGGGCGUCGGCGGCGCGCGACGCGCUGGUGCAGGCGCUGUACGCGCGGCUCGUCGACACCGUCGUGGAGCUCAUCAACGCCAAGAUGGCGCCUAAACCUGCCUACAGGAAAGGGCCCCGUCUGGCAGUAAGUGUGAUGGACAUGGCAGGUUUUGAAGCUACUGAACACAACGGACUAGAACAACUGCUUGUGAAUGUUCUCAAUGAACAAAUGCAGUUCUACUACAACCAAGUCGUGUUCUCCUGGGAGAUGAACGACUACGAGAGCGAAGGCGUAGCGGGCACGCAGAGCUUCAGCUUCCCUGACAACCGCCACCUGCUGGAGGUGUUCCUCGCCAAGCGCGUGGGGCUGCUGGACCUGCUCGACGACUGCACCAAGCACGCGUCUGGGGAAACGUCGCUCCAGGAUAAGCUCGGCAGUCGCGCGGACGGUCGUCUCAUCACGCGGCUCUCUAACACAGAGUUCGCCGUGGCGCACUACGUGGGCCGCGUCAAGUACCACAUCGCGGACAUGGUGCACCGCAACACGGACCACAUCACCACCGAGCUCGUACACACGCUGAGAGGAUCAUCGCUGCCGCUGGUGGCAGCAAUGUUCUCAGCACAGCUCACGCGGUCAGGGCAG